AUGGAGCCCUCCAACGACACCGGCGUGUGCAUUGCGCACGUCUUUAGAGGAACCUUUGCGCACUCCACCCCGGACGCGCCUUUGGAAAUUCUGGAGAAUAAAGUUUUAGGAGUGGACAACGACGGAAAGAUAGCCUUUAUUGAAAAUGGCGAAGAUGUGGACAGCCUUUCAGAUAAGUGGGGAUUUAAACCCUCCGUCGUCAGACAGUUGGAGCCACAUGAGUUCAUCAUGCCCGGGCUGGUUGACACUCACAUCCAUGCGUCCCAGUACAGCUACUCGGGCACUGCGCUGGACCUACCCCUGCUGCAGUGGCUGGCCACCUACACCUUCCCUGUGGAGUCCAAGUACAAGGAUCUCAGCUUUGCAGGAAAGGUCUACAACAAAGUUGUGAAAAGGACGCUUCGAAAUGGAACCACCACGGCCUGUUACUUUGCCACCAUCCACACGGAUGCCUCUCUCCUGCUCGGACAGAUCGCAGACAGGCUAGGCCAGAGGGCACUUGUUGGGAAGGUGUGCAUGGACUGCAACAAUGCUGUGGCCCAUUAUAAGGAGACGACGGAGGAGUCAAGUGAAGAGACCAGACGGUUCAUCCAGGAGCUCCUGAAAAAGAAGUAUCCCCUCGUCAGGCCCAUCGUGACCCCUCGCUUUGCCCUCUCCUGCUCCUCUGCCCUGCUACAUGACCUGGGAGACAUCGCCAGGAACAACGACCUCCACAUUCAGAGCCACAUCAGCGAGAACAAGGAGGAGUGUCAGGUGGUGAAAGAGCUUUUCCCGGAAUGCAAGACAUACACAGAUGUGUACCGGAAACACAACCUGCUGACUGAUAAGACUGUGAUGGCCCAUGGCUGCUACCUGUCCAAUGAGGAGCUGCAGGUGUUUCGUGAGGCAGGAGCCUCCAUCUCCCACUGCCCCAACAGCAACAUCUCGAUCUGCAGUGGCUUGCUUGAUGUUCGCAACGUUCUGAACCAUAAAGUCAAAAUUGGACUGGGAACAGAUGUAGCAGGUGGCUACUCGCCCUCCAUCCUGGAUGCUGUUCGCAGGGCCCUGGACACCUCCAAGGCCCUCACCAUCCAGGACCCCGAGCACCAGACCCUGUCCUUCGAGGAGGUCUUCAGGCUGGCCACGCUGGGAGGCAGCCAAGCCUUAUCCCUGGAUGCAGAGACGGGAAACUUUGAGGUAGGGAAGGACUUUGAUGCCCUGCUGGUGAACGUGUGUGCCCCUGAUGGGCCUAUGGACAUCUGUGGACCUGAACCUAUUAAGGUUCUUCUGGAGAAGUUCCUGAAUUUAGGUGAUGACCGCAACAUCAAGGAAGUGUUUGUGGCAGGAAGGAAGGUGGUUCCAUUUGCAGACACGGCAUGACCUGUCGACUCACCAUGGUACUCGUAUUCUGGGAUGGCGUUUAUGGGAAACUGUGUCCAUUUGCUUUAACAUGAAUGAUUGUUUUGUAUUUUCAUAUCUUACGGUUCUGUGAAAUGGACCUUGAGCAUUCGUUUCAAUGCAAACCAAAGCAAAAACUCACACACAUUAAGUAGGGCUGUAACGACACACUCAACUCACAAUUCGGUUCGCUUCACAAUUUUUGACAUACCAUACACCCCACGAUUUCUGAAAUGUAUCUCAUUUGAAGCUUGGACGCACUAUCACAUCGAAUCAUAUAGUUGUUUUCUGGACUGAAAGAUAACUUUGAAAAGGUGUAUCACGAUAUUGUCUCCUUACAUCACGAUACAGUAUCGUGACUCUGAGUAUCAUGAUUUCUCGGUUUGAUCCAAUAUCGUUACAGUCCUAAUAUUAAGCAUUAACAGUGGCUAACAUUACUCUAAAUAAUACAUUAAUGUUGGUUAAGUAUAAGCUUCAUACCAAAUAGUGCCAAAGCUCUGAAACAGAGCUCAUGUAGCAUUAAAGCGCCACUUUCAGUUGGGUCUGUAGACAAAUAUUUAUUUUCAAAAAUCACAUUUCCUAAUGUAAACACUUUGAAUACAUACUUUUGUAGUACAAAAAUAUCCUUUUAGACAAAUAGACUGGGGUGAAUUGGACGGAUGAGCCAACUAGGCUCAAGCCUAGGGGGCCACAGACCCCAUGGGGCAAGGACAAACUACAGUCAGUCAACCCUUCAACCCAAAGGGCCUACCAGGUAUAGUGGUUCAAAAUGACGCUUUUGCACACAUUUGUAGUUGGACUGGUUGCGUAGGAUGUUAUCCCAGUGGGAUUGUCAUUCAAGUGAAAAGAAAUCAAACACUCUACCCACUCUACCAAAAAAAACGUCAAUACAUCCGACCUUCUUCAAGUUGUGUUGAAAUUUGUUUGUGGAAUGUACAGAGUGAGGGAUUUCUUUACACCACAGUGCGUAGUACCAUAUCCUAGUAAAUAAACUAUAUGAGCCCACCUAGUGGCAGAAAAUAGUUUUACCCGGCAGGUUGGCAGGAGGUAAUGCAAUAGGAUGCAAAAUCUGGCCAUCACAAAUCUCUGUGUAUCUGUUUUUUCUGUUUGAGUCUAUGUAUUAAGUCAUUGCAGAGGGAUUUUUGAGGUGAUGACGUGGCUGUGCUGGGCUAUUACAUGUUAAACAGCUGGGCUAAACAGUUCAACAGUUUGAAGCAAUUUAGAUGUCAUUGGUUCCACAGUUUCACCCAUGGUACGAUGCCAGACUAUGCUUUGGAUGGUAUAGUCUGGCUCGCCAGGCUAACCACACAGACACACCAAAAGAGACAAACGUGGUAACAGUAGCAUAGUGUACAUAUGCCAGGCUGGGUUCAAGAGAGAUGAGCAGUGUCCCUCUGUAUUUUUGGGGGAGCCAAAACUAUUUUUACCCCGGGCACUUUAUUUCUUAACCCGUCCCUGCAAAUAGCGGAAUAGCACAACUCUUUUUAAAAAAUGAAAAUGUGUUUAUAUAAAAUAUUUUGUAUAUUCUCAGGUUAAUUUUUAAGUGAUUGUAAGAGAGAUCUUUGAGUAAACAUAUAGAGGAAAAGUGACAUGUUACAUUUUCUUUGCUAAUACUGUGUUGUGAUUCUUUUUUUUUUUUUUGGUUCUUGUUUUUUUGUUUGUUUGUUUGAUGCUUUGAUUGUCUUGCUUUAUCUUCUUUGUUGUAAUUUGCUAUUAUUGAAAUGUAAAAUAACUGAGAAGAAAACAUGCCUUAAGACUGUCCUACUGCCUUAACACUGUACUGUGUGAAUUUGUAUCUGUAAUUUGUACGAUUACCAGUAAUAUUUGAAUAAACCAAAGCAUUACAUAAA